CUCGGGGCCGGGAGAGGAAUUUGGACUUGCAGGAGCAGCAGUCACAAAUGCAAGGAGCUUGGGGGAACAGCUCGUCUCAAGGAACAGUAAGACGCCAUGAAACAGCCGUUCUGUGGCUGGCGCUGCUGGCUGUCAGCAUCCCUGUGGUGCUUCUGUGGGAGCCUUCAGGGAAUGUUCGUCACCAGGAACUCGAGACCCAACAUCGUCCUCUUCAUGGCGGAUGACCUUGGGAUGGGAGAUUUAUGCUGCUAUGGGAAUAACUCAGUGAGCACGCCGAACAUCGACCGGCUGGCCAGCGAGGGCGUGAGGCUCACCCAGCACUUGGCGGCCGCCUCCAUGUGUACCCCGAGCAGGGCCGCCUUCCUGACCGGCCGCUAUCCCGUCAGAUCAGGAAUGGCAUCCUCCUCCAACCUGAAUCGUGACGUGGUCUGGCUCGGAGGGUCGGGCGGGCUGCCCCCCAACGAGACGACUUUCGCCAAGCUUCUGCAGCAUCGAGGUUACCGCACGGGACUCAUAGGAAAGUGGCACCAGGGUCUGAGCUGUGCGUCCCGCGACGACCACUGCUACCACCCGCUCAACCACGGCUUCGACUACUUCUACGGGAUGCCGUUCGAGCUCCUGAGCGACUGCCAGGGGUUUCACGCUCCGGAGCUGCACCGUCAGCUGAGGGUCCGGCUCUGGGUGUCCACGGUGGUGCUGGGCCUCAUCCCCCUGCUCCUGCUAGUCCCCACCUGCGCGCGCUGGUUCCUGGUCCCCUGGCCGGUGAUCCUGGCCUUCGCCCUGCUGGCCCUCGUGUUCUUCGUGUCCUGGUUCUCCAGCUACGGCUUUACCCGCCGCUGGAACUGCGUGCUCAUGCGGGACCACGAGAUCAUUCAGCAGCCGGUCAGACUGGAGAGGCUCGCCUCGCUCAUGCUCAAGGAGGCACUGGCCUUCAUCGACAGGUAUAAGCGUGGACCAUUCCUGCUUUUCAUAUCCUUUCUGCACGUCCACACGCCUCUGGUCACCAGGGAGAAAUUCGUCGGGCACAGUAAAUUCGGCUUGUACGGCGACAACGUCGAAGAGAUGGAUUGGAUGGUGGGAAAGGUCCUGGAGGCCCUGGACCGGGAGCGCCUGGCCAACCACACGCUGGUCUACUUCACCUCGGACAACGGGGGCCGCCUGGAGGCGCAGGACGGCAGCGGGCAGCUGGGCGGCUGGAACGGGCGCUACAAAGGAGGCAGAGGCAUGGCUGGAUGGGAAGGAGGCAUCCGGGUGCCCGGAAUUUUCCGGUGGCCAACAGUCCUGGAGGCGGGGAAGGUCAUCGACGAACCUACAAGCCUCAUGGACAUUUUCCCGACGCUGUCUUAUAUCGGAGGAGGCAUUCCGCCACUGGGCAGAGUGAUUGACGGCCGGAACCUCAUGCCGCUCUUGGAAGGCAGGGUCUCCCGCUCGGAACACGAGUUCCUCUUCCACUACUGCGGGGCCUCUCUGCACACGGCCAGGUGGUAUCAGAAGGACUGUGCAACCGUGUGGAAGGUGCAUUUCGUGACGCCCAAGUUCUCCCCGGAGGGCGCGGGCGCCUGCUACGGGAGUGAAGUCUGCCCGUGUUCAGGCGAUGUCACCUACCACGACCCUCCUCUGCUCUUUGACAUCUCGAGGGACCCUUCCGAGUCAAGACCUCUCAACCCCGACAACGAAGCCUUGUUUGACUCCGUGGUGAAGAAGAUCGAAGCGGCCGUGAGACAGCACCGUGGGACCCUCACGCCGGUCCCUCAGCAGCUCUCUGUGUUCAACACCCUUUGGAAACCGUGGCUGCAGCCCUGCUGUGGGACCUUCCCCUUCUGUGGCUGCGACAGGGCGGAUAACAUCGUAUCCGCAGCAUGGUGAGCAGAGAGGGGCUGCUUCUUCCCAACCAGCAACCCUCUGUUACCGCAGAGCUCUCAGCUGCCUCAUGCAUUCCGCUGGGGAUCAAACACGAUGCCCCGCUGUCAUUUUUUCUUUAAAAUCCUCAGAUUUUAGAUCUUUCCUCAAGUCAUAUCCAGCAGCAUGAUGAAACAAAAGCGGAUCCAUAUACCCAUGAAACUAUGGAGCAUUCAUUUUACCUUUUUUUUUUUUUUUUUUUUGUAUGAUUGUGUCCUUGUUCAAGGAAGAAGGUCAGGAGGACCUUCUGCAGAGUCACAAGAAUCUCAGUGAUACCUUCCACAAAAGAUGAGUAGAAGCAGCCCUUUUGAUGUCACUGUCUUUACUUUCACGAUAUUAGAAAUGUCUCCAUGCAGAUUCUAAACCCAGAGACAGUUUUUGUAUCCGAGCUUAGACGAAUUUGGCAAGUUUCUUGCUCUCCUUUUGCAUCAGGAAGACUAUGAAAAUUCUCAAAAUAGGGAGAGAAGACACACAGCUACAGUAAUGCUAUGAUAGUGUGGAUAUGUGUUUUUAAAACACUUCGCAAAACUUACAGGAGGCAAGUAGUCUCAGCUCCGUUUCCACAUGAGGAAAGUGAUUUUUGUCGUAUUUAAGUAAUUGCACAAGAUUGUAUAAAUGUUAUGGGGAGAGAGUAUUUAAGUUAUAUUUCUUUUCAAAUCACACUGCAAAUAUGAUGGCUGCUGCUGCUGCUAAGUCGCUUCAGUCGUGUCCGA